AUGUUCACCGAUGGUGUAAAUCCGGCGAGGGAAGAAGAUUUAACCUUAUCGGUUGUUUUGAAGUGGGAACAGCCGUUAUCCGCAGAAUCGGUUCGAAGGUUCCUUUUGAAUCGCAACGGACAAAAUGAGGUUAUUUUUUGCGCGUUUUGCAAGUUGAGUAAUUUUCGUAAUGUUCAGCUUUUGAUAACCUUGAACCCUGCAGUGUCUUCUGCAUUAUGGAAGAUGAAGUCAGCACAGGAACUUGCAAUGUACACAAAUCAAGGCAAGUUUCAGAUCGAUGGCGUGAGUUUUGAAAACUUUCGAAAGAAAUCGGAAUUGGAAAGUUACAGCAUAACGUCACUGUGGAACCAUUGGUGAGAGAAUACGGCCCAAAACCCGAUACGGUCGGUUUUUCUUCUUUUUUUGUAGGAAUAAUUUGUUUUUUUUUUGUCAAGCUUAAGUUUUUGGCAUUAUUUGGGUUAGAAUUUCACGAGAAAAUUGAGAUUCAGGCUUGGUUCUGGCUACAAAAAAAGAAUCAAGAACUUGAAAAACUUGAUUUUUUUAGCUUAUAAAUACUUUUUUUGAAACUUGUUCAAAAUCAUGGGAUUUUUUUCCUCAGGACUUUGGAAAUUUCUGAAAAUUAAGAAAGAAGUUUCACCCUCAGUAAUUAAUUUUUUUCCAAAGAUUUUCACAGUUUCAAUAAUUAUUGUAUCACCAUAACACUGAAAGCUCUUGAAAGGAAGACGUUAGAAUUUUCAAAAAAAAUCAUCAGUUUGUUUUGAUUUUCUCUGAUUAACUCUGAAAAUUUUGUAGUUGAUCAACGCGUUGAACGUUUUCCCGGGCGAAGAGGAUCAAAUGCAUCUUUUGGCUGCAGUUCUCGGAACAAUCGUCGAACGAAGGGUUUCAAGUUUGCCCCGGGGCGAAUUUGACCUCGAAAUGUCCUGCUUUGUUCAGAGGAAACAGUUCAUGUUGCUCUACGAGGCGAUCGAUCGGGAGCUUCAGGAUUUCAUGUUGGCGCCGAGAAUCGAAUGUUUCGGCUCUAUGAAAAGCCGGUUUCGCAGGACCGCCUCUUCUGAUGCUGUUCGUUAACUGAAAAAUGAAAUUUUUAAAGAUCUUUAGAAAGUUUUUGAUGUGUUUUUUUCGUUAUUUUUUUAACAGUUUUUCUGAGAUUAUUGAUGUCUCCUGUAGUCCAAUUUAAUACAGGAUUCGGCUGUUCUUUCUGAAACCUUCUUGAAAUUUUGCCUCUGUGCCUUUAAAAAUCGUGUAAACACCAACAAAAAAAUUACUAAAUGUUUUUCUUCUUGAAAUUUUGUAUUUUCGAAAGCCAGUAAAACUUUCUUAUUAAAAUUAUCAUGUAGAGCUUUUUAUUCCUUUCUUCAAAAUAUCAGUUGAAUUUGCACCAAGGUCUGUAUUUUUCAAACUUCGCGCCAAGAUGAAAAAUUCACCUACCGUAAUCUGAUAAUGAGGAGAAAGACAUUACGCGGCAAACUUUUUUUAAAGCUUUGAUGACGAAAAAAUUUUUCGAGAAUGACUGAAUGACUUUUUAACCGGUCAAAAAGAGGAAUUUUUUUGAUUUUCAAUAGUUUUUGAGGUGAUUUUUGUGAAUCUUUAGGACCUCAACGUCUGGUACGACACUGUAUUAUCCUCGCCCAGGAACAUUCGAAGCCGCGAGGAACUCUUGAAACCUACAGUAUACCUUUUUUUCAUGAAAACAUACUUUUCUAGCAAUUUUAUUCGUCUAGAGACCGCUUGCAAAUGUGAGCAAAGCUGAGAUGGAGAAGUUGAAACCGAAAGGUUUGUUCAUUUUUCGAAGGUCCAAAAAAAUAUUUUUUUGAUAAGUUUUAAAAAAAUUUUUUUGCUUGUUGGAAAGACCAAUUUUUUUCUCGAGUUCUCAGCUUCUAAGAAAGGAUUUUUCACAAUGAAGCCUCGAAAAGCCAAUUUCGAAAAUCUCUAUAAAAUACUUAUUUUUUUGUGAACUUCAUGUUUCUAACACGAAUUUUUUUAUUCAAAAAAAUAUUAAUCUCAAUUUUUCGAAAAUGACCUAUCCAAGAAUAAAAAAAUUGAGAAAAAGCGCAAAAAAACUGUUGAAAAGUUUUCGUGUGAGAAAUGAGCAAUUUUCGAAAAGCACAAAAUUGGCAAAAAAAGCACCAUUUUUGGUGUUUGAAAAGGACCUUUCUAUCAAUUUUAGAAAAAAAAGGCGUUUCUCAUUAUUCCAGAAAUCUCUUUCCUGCGUAGGAACAUCAAUUUUCUAGCUUGUUCUUGCGAAAAUUGAAUGAAAAGAGGUUGAAAGUAGAUUUUUGCUGAUAUUUAGAACGAAUCCAACUUCUCGGGGCUCAUUUCCGUCGGUCGGAGAGCCGAUUGGUCCAAUUCGGAUGUUCGAUAACGACCAUCGAAGCGAAAUGUCCCAUCGUAAUGGUCGAAUUGGGAUCUAACGUCGAUUUUUUGGUGAGAAACUGAGAAAAAAAUUGUUUUCUUUCAAGUUGACAAAAGAAGUUUUGUGUUAAAAAAAGUUUGAAUUUUAAUUGAAUAUGUGAUUUUCCUUUACAGAUUCGUUAAUAUUUGUUUUUAGGCAAAAAUUCAAAUUGAAAAUUGAAAAUUAAUUUUUCUUCAAUAUGAUGUACGUUCACGAGUUCGAAGUCAAAACAAGCAUUUUUUUCAACAAAAAGUUUUUCCUCAAAAAAAUUAGGUGAAUAUACUGAUGCCUUCGGAAAAAUUCUGGGAUUCUGAAAAUGAAAUUAUUUUUAUGUUAAUUUUCUUUAUGUUCAAAUUUACAUCUCAAAUUUUGAAACCUAUUUUUAUGUCAAAAAGCUAGUGGGAAUUUUUGAGAAUUUCAGUGUGGAAAAUUUCCUCAUCUAGUUGUAGAAUUUUUCGGUUCAGAUAAAAGCCGAGAUUUUUUUCCGUCGAUUUAAAAAAUCACUGAAAAGUCAUUUUUUUGAUUGCCAAUUCAACGUGAAAGAAUGAGCAAAAUUUCGAAAAAAAUUUAUUUUUAUUUUUUCCGCUCCAAAAAUUUUUCUAAAAGAAAAAAACCUUAGUUUUUAAUCCAUAUAUUCGGGAUGUCAGUAACUCCAGAAAAUUAUAGGAAUACAUUUGAAAUUCUCAUUAAAAAAUAUUUCUAGGCGGCCAUCGAUGUUUCGAUCGAUAAUGAAGCCGGAGUCAAAAAAAGCGAUUUAUUGGAUUUAUUCAUCGAACGGGAUCAGAGCGAAAUGGCAGAGUUUGUUGGAAAUCCACCAAACUUUUAAGAAUCCAGGAAAUUUUAGAAAAAUCACCCGAUUUUUCCACUUUUGGGCCAAGACCAAUAACAUAAUCUGCAAAAGGGACGAGGUUUUGAAAAAAAAGUUGGAAAUUAGUUUGAUUUUCCGGGAUUUAGCACGGCAAUUGGGUCAAUCGGCAGUUCAAUUCGUACAUUUUGCACCAUUUGGUCAUACAUUUCGUACAGACUGCGCUGGGUGUCCAACUUGUUCGGGAGCAUCCGGUUGGUUUUCGGGAAGAUUUUACGAAAAUUCUCAUUUUCUUACUGUAGUUCUGAGCGUGAAAUUGCUGAGUUUUUUCAGUGUUAAGAAGGUUUUUUUUUUCAUUCAAAAUGCUUCAAAAUACUGAUAUCUGUGUUUGAAGAAAAGUUAGAGUCGAUCCGUCAACUAGGAAAUAAAUUGGAAAAUUCCACUAAAAGACCUACCGUAACCCAGUGAGGGGGCGGAGCUUCACAGUAACUAGCCUAAAAGUUUACACAUUAUGUCUAGUAACUUUGAUAAUAUUUUCAACUCUCAAAACAAAACUUGAAAUUCUUGUACCAACCGUUCAUCGACUUCCUCAGAGAACGUGUGUUAGAGAAAAAAAUAGAUUGAAAAAAAUAUAUUUUUGAAGAUUUUUUUAGCGAAAAAAACCGAGAAAAAAAUUUUUUUGUGUUCCAAAAAUAUGAAGGAAAACUAAAUAUAGAUUUUUAUAAGUAUUUCUGAGAAUUUUCAGUCGCAAAAAAAUUCGAGGUGAAUACAUUUUGCGUUUUUAAGCAGUAAACUAGGUCCAUGUAAUCAAAUUUUUCAACGAUUUGCCUGUAAGAAUAGCAUGAAAAAAAUAUUCUAGUGGAUUUUUUAAAAAGACCCUUUUUUUAUUGAAUGAUUUUCGAUGCAAAAGUGGAUCGUAAAAGAAAUUUUUGAUCGUUUUUCGUGGAAAAUAUUGGUCUGGGAAGGUUUUUAAAAGAUUUUUCAAGACGUUGGUUUUUUUUUUUGAAAGUAUGAGUUCUAAUUUUGUUAUUUUUAUUUAUCUCAGAAAAUCGGAGAAAGAGAUACCGUAGUUUUCGCUAGCUUUUCUAGAGUUUGAAGUGAUAUUUCGAAAAAAGUUUUUUAGAGUUUAGAGUUUAUUCACGGGCAAAGUCCGAAAGAUCUCUAAAAGGCCUCAAAGGCGCCCGACUUUUUUCUAAAGGGCCUUUUGAAAAGGUAAGAAAGAAUAAGGCGAAAAAAGGAGAUUCCGAGAAUUUUUGACACCUUUUAGGGAACUCAAAAAGGAGCUUUAGGCACUUUUUAAUGCCUUUUUUAGGCCGUUUGGACUUUGCCUAUUUUGGAGAAAAGAAAAGAAACUCAGUUUUUAUCGGAGAUUAGUGACAUAAUCCUUCAAGUUAUUGCUAGAAAUUAGUAAAGAUUCUGUGGUUUUUGAUAGAAAUUUGAAUUUUUCAAGUCACUUUCGGAAUGAAGAUUUCGAGCAUCAAAUCAAGAAAUUUUCAACUUUUCUUGAAAAAAUGAAAAUUCGCAAAUUAUUUUUCAUAGGACCGCGAAAGACGUUGUGACCCCUACAGCAUUCGGAAUCGCUGGAAAACUUACCGCUCUUUUUUCAAGAAGUUUUUCAUUUACCUCGCCAACCUGGACUAUAAUAAAUUCGCGAUUUUCAAUGCAACCACGGUGCUAAAGUUUGUGACAUUGCGGGAAUUUCCACGUGAACAAUGGUCUGAAUUGAAGGGGAACCAUCAUGAGUUAUCAGAGCACUACGUCCGCCGCUUUGGUUGUUGCGGUAAUUUCAAAAUUGAGUCUUUUAAAUGGAAAUCGAAGUUUUAGGAUCCCUUGGAAACGAUGCACAACAUUGCGCAGGCCGUUAGUACCAAGGCCUUGGCUUAUUUCAAAAAAAUGAUCCGGUAUUCUUUGCAUUUGGUUGGUCCGUUUGAGAAUUUCGUUGAAGGGGCGGACCUUUAAAACUUGAAAAAAAAUUUUUAGGGUUGAUGGUGCUCUCUUAGCUUUACUGAAUUGGUUAUUGUUCAAGAUCAGGAAAUUUUGAGAGAAUUUGGUUUAAAGGCGCAGGGCGAAGCUUCUAGUCCUGAAAAAUAGAUUUUUCUUGGUAUUUUCCUCUUAAUAGCUCUAUCAUUUGAUUUUUACUCAAUAACAAAAUUUUAUGAGAGGAUUUUUGAAGGCGCGGGGCGGAGCUUCGGGAGUUUCAAGACCAGAAAGUUAGAUUUUUUUUUUUUGGAAGUCCUCUCGCCGCUUAAUUAUUGCUUAAUAGCAAAAUAGUAUGAGAACAUUUCUUAAAGGCGCAGGGCGGAGCUUCGAGAGAUUCAGGACCUGUAAAAUAUAGUUCUCCUGGUCUAGUCUCCUCUCGUAGCUUUACUAAAUUAGGUAUUUCUCAAGAACAAGAGGUUAUGAGAAAAAAUUUGGUUUAAAGGCGCAGGGUGGAGCUUCGGGAGUUUCAAGACCAAUAAAUGAAUAUUCAACUAGGCACUGCAGAAUACUGACAGAUUAGAAAAAUUUCGAAUGGCUCCAAAAAAAAACUUCAAAGCCUAAAAAAUUAUUUGACUAUUUGAAGACCCAAGGCGGAGCUCAAGAAAAUUCGUAAAAUACUUUCACGGUAUUUUUUGAGCACAGAUUCAGAAUCAGCGCGAAAAACGACAUUUAAUUAACUAAGCUUCACUGAAGUUUUCACUGUACGCUCCGGUUUUUUAUAGUUUAUAAGACCCCUCUUUUUUUUGAAAUUUUUCCUAACUAAAACCAAGACAAAAGAACUUAUUUUGCAGCUCAAAUGCAGAGAGUUUUCACUGAAUGCGAUUUUGAAUGUCGAGGAAAACUUCCAGAAACAAGUGGCUAUGAAAUUGGCGGCCCCAGCGGCUCAUUUCGCGGAUAUUGGUGAUUUCUCCAAAUAACAAAUGAGGAAUUUAUUUUUUAUUUAAAGAUGGUUCAUUGGUUUUCCUGUUACCGGAAGUCAUCCACGACAAGCUCGAAGUUCUGCAUUUAUUGAUCCGGAUUAUGGGCUGGAUCGUGUCUGCGACACAUAGGAUGGGAUCGAUUGACGAUAUCGAGACCCCUAAGGUUCUUGGAAGUUUUUGGGAUUUUGGAAAAGCUUGAAAUUUUGAUAAAUCAAAGCGAUUUUAAGCUUGAAAACGUGUAUUUUUUCAAGAUAUCCUUGUAGAAUUCUAGAAUUCAUUGAUUAAUCCAUACGUCGGCUGGAUCUUACCCCGGGGUGCGGCUUAAACGAACGCCGCCCCCCCCCCUCUCAAACUUCGGCCUAUCCCCCUCUCUCAAAAUGCGACCUACCCCCUCUCAAAAUGCGGCCUACCCCACCCCCCUUCAAAAAGAGGCCUACCCCCGCAAAAAGCCGCCUAUUUCAAUAUAUUUUCAAAUCUUUUUUGCGCGCAGAAGGGUUGGAUCUAACCUAUGUAUGGGUUAAUCUUACCGUAAAUCUUGAAAUCUUGACGCAGCCUUUUUUGGUCAUUCUAAAGUUGUAUGGACGGUUAAGAACUUUUUUCUGGCUUUUUUACAACUUUAUAAAAUUAAUAGAAAGAGAACCUUGAAAAGAAGGAAAAAGUUUCAACUUCGGGGACGAAAGUUCAAAAAAAAAAAGCGGAAUAAUGGAAAUUGUCUCAAGAAACUUCUUUUUUGUCAAGUUUAACUCGAAAACAGGUUUUUUUGGGGGUUCAUUAUUUUUGGUUAUAAUUUCACUAUUUUUUUCAUUUUCGACUUUUUUUAGAAAAAUUUGUCGUAUAAGUAAAAAAAUGUUCUGGUUGUUCCUGAUGAUCUUAUUCUCUCAAUUUUUUUCCCGACAGAAAGUUUUGUUCAGGGAAUCAUUUUCCUGAUCUUCAAGAAGGCGUGGGUCGGCCGUCGACACCACAGAUCUCAAGUUAAAGCUCUUUACAACAUUGACAAAGGCCUCGAAUCGGAAUUGUUGGUGGGUUUUCAAUGGUGAAAUAAAAAAUGAGCCGUUUUUUUGAAGAUUUCGAAAAUAUACCAGAAAAACCCGCCGAUUCGUCCAUCAUGCAUCGUCAACGUCCGUUUGCAGUGGAGGCAUCGGGAUGGAGUUGAAUGGAAAUUGUUGGUUUUUCUUCAUUUUUUUUCAGAAAGUCUUUUAGAGCCGAUUUUUCGUUCUCGAAAAACUGAAUAAUUUUUAAAAAAAACAGAGUAUUUCACAUUUUUGCCACUAUUUAUUUUACCAUUAUUCUACAAGUUUUCAUCUCUUAGAAAUUUUCUAGAACCCUCAUAGGCAAAGUCGAAAAGGUUCCGUGAAAAUGAUCCGUUUUGCUGCUCUUUUGGGCCAUUUCAUGGGCUCCUAUGCACCAUUUUUGCUGCCUCUCCCUUUUUCCACCAUUUCUUGAGCCUUAAAAAGGCCAGAAAAAAUGGAAGGCCCAAUGAGGAGACUCUUUUUGCGGCUUUUGAGCCUCUCCCUUUUAUCGGCCAUUAUCCACCAUUCCGACUUUGGGCCCGAGCCAUACAGGGGCAGACCAUUCUUAAAGGCCGCCGACCCCUCCUCCCAAGUUUUUUGCCAACUUUAAGCUAAUACUACCUCCCUGAGGCUAAAACUUAAAUGGUUGCGGGCGAAACUACCUCCUGGAAGUUAAAAACUGAUUUUUUCCCCAUUUUCAUAAAUUUUUUGUGAGCCAUCCCUCCUCCUGGGCUGAAUGAUUUCUGUACUUGUUCAUAUAUGGUCCGACCCGAAAGAUUCAAAGCAAUCCAAUAACCUGAAAAUAUAUGGUUCUUUGUAUUUUUCCUUUACUUCAGAGCGUUUUCUUUUCAAAAUGGUUUUGAAUAUCAACUUUUUUGUUUGAACGACUUGAGGGGAAAAAAUGAGCAUUUUUCUCGACUUGAGAAGAGAAUAAAAAAGGUUUUUUUUUAUUCGGAGAAUCCGCUCAAACAACAUUUUAUGCACUAGGUAAAGGAUCUGAUAGUGGAAACUUGCAGAAUUUCCUAAUUUUUUCAAGUGGAGAUUCUUGAGAAAGUACGGAGAGAUCUUUGUACAUCAAAAAGUAUCCUAGUUUUUUUUUUUAGAAAAUCUCACAGUUCAACGUAAAAUGAACACCCUUAUCAAAACUUUAGAAAAAGCUAUAUGAAUAUUUCGCUUUAUCUUGCAGUUUGGUGGCAAAAGUCCUGAAUGGGGCGGUCGCGGACAUGCGGGACGCCCUCCACUUCAUCAUCCAUCAGUUUGUCCCCAACUAUACCCAAGAACUCGUCGCCAGAAAUGGAAUGAACAAUCUGGAGGUGGAAAAUCCGGACAGUAGUCCCGAGCAAUCCCAGUAA